UAGAGCGAUAAGAUUACACGAGGUUUUUAACUCAGCGUUCAGAUAUGAUAAGCAUCAUCUCGUAUUGAGGCUUCAGCCGUGUCGGAUCGAUCUCCAUAAUGCCAGGUUAUAGGUGGGUAAAUCGUACCGGUAGUCAGUCGCUGCCACAAAAUGCGGUUGUCGGCGGCCGCGAUUCUGAUGGAAGCACAAUUUACGUCGGCCGAGCUUACCACGAAGGUGAUAUGUUGCCGGCAAAAGUGAUUCCCGACAAGAACGUCGCUUAUGUUUGUCAUAACGGCGAGGAACAUCCGAAAGACGAAUUUGAGAUCCUCUGUCAAAGCGAAGUUGCAUGGCAGUUCUGCAGCAACGGUGAGGUGCCAGCGGAUGCGGUAAUCGGCGGUCAAACCACAGACGGAGAACCUCUGUACGUCGGCCGUGUCCUCCAUAGUGGAGCUCAAACAAUUGGCAAGGUACAACAAAGCCACGGAUGUCUGUACAUUCCGUUUGAUGGCGAAGAGUUAUCGUUCAAGGAUUACGAAGUGCUCGUCAUACAUUAACUCGAUUGAAGAUGCACGAUGUAACACGCAAUUUCAUACGCAUUUCACGGUCAAAUCUAAUUGAAUAGCAUACAACAACCUCCAAACAAGCUGCUGAAGCAUAAAGAACUGCAAAACUGGAAAAUUAUGCUCUAUUUUUUUAAGAAGUCAGAGAAAUAAAUCGAGAAAACACGAAUAAUCACUGUGUCGAUUGAGCAAAACCUCAAUUUGCGUCAAGUCCAUGUUCAAUAAAUUCGUAUAAAUAUCAUCAUAUUUAACAGUACACAUAAAUAAAUUAUUAUAAUCGAUUCUGUGA